AAGGCAACCCACAGCGACAAGAUGACCAAGUUGAUUCUGUACGGCUUGGAGGCCAGUCCGCCAGUUCGUGCCGUCAAAUUGACUUUGGCCGCCCUGGAAGUGCCCUACGAAUUCGUGGAAGUGAAUACUUUGGCCAAGGAGAACUUAUCGGAGGAGUUCCUGAAGAAGAAUCCACAGCACACGGUGCCCACUUUGGAGGACGAUGGUCACUUCAUCUGGGACUCGCAUGCCAUCAUUGCCUAUCUGGUGUCCAAAUACGGCAAGAACGAUAGUCUCUAUCCAAAGGAUCUCCUCCAGCGAGCUGUGGUGGAUCAGCGGCUGCACUUUGAGUCCGGAGUGGUAUUUGCAAACGGAUUGAGGAGCAUCACGUUUCCACUUUUUCGCAACGGCCUGACUAACAUUCCCAAGGAGCGAUACGAUGCUAUUAUUGAGAUCUACGAUUUCCUGGAGACCUUUCUUGCCGGCAACGAUUACAUUGCCAGCAGUCAGCUGACCAUUGCCGACUUUAGUAUUAUCUCAACGGUGACCUCGCUGGAGGCCUUUGUGCAGGUGGACACGGCGAAGUACCCCAAGGUCAGUGCCUGGAUUAAGCGACUGCAACAGCUUCCUUACUACGAGGAGGCCAACGGCAAAGGGGUCCGUACCUUCGCGUCCUUCAUCAAGAAGACUAAUUUUACCUUUGCAUCCCAGUAAAUGAACUUAUUUAUUAUGAACAAAUUACUACUUUUAAUAAGAAUAUGAAAAAUUUAA